GCAAGCUCAGAACUCGAUAUUCCCUGAGUACUUGAAACCAGGAAAGAAGCAUGAAGUGGCUUGUGCUCCUCAGGCUGGUGGCCCUCUCAGAGUGCAUAGUCAUAAUCCCUCUAACGAAGAUGAAGAUCAAGCAAGAACCUAUCAGGGAAAAACAGUUGCAGGAAAAAUUCCUGGAUGAACAAUCUCACAGCCUGUCCCAGAAUUCUCAUCCUGACCACAAAUUCUCUUCUCACGGACUGAGGAAUUUCCAGAAUAUGGUCUACUUUGGUAAGAUCAGCAUUGGAACACCUCCUCAAGAGUUCCAGGUCAACUUUGACACCGGCUCAUCUGACUUGUGGGUGCCCUCUGUCGACUGCCAAAGUCCCUCCUGCUCAAAACACAAGAGAUUCAACCCUCAGAAGUCCACCACCUUCCGGCAUUUGGACCAGAAAAUCAGGCUCAGCUACGGCUCUGGGAGUAUGAACGGAGUUCUUGGCUGUGACACCAUUCAGAUCGGGAACCUUGUCAUUGUGAACCAGACUUUUGGCUUGAGCCAGAAUCAGUCCAGUGGGAUCCUGGAACAAGUACCUUAUGAUGGCCUCCUGGGCUUGGCCUACCCCAGCCUCGCCGUCCAAGGUACCACCCCAGUCUUCGACAACCUGAAGAAUCAAAGAGUCAUUUCUGAGCCAGUCUUUGCCUUCUACUUGAGCUCCCAGCCAGGAAACAGCAGCGUGGUGAUGUUUGGUGGGGUGGACCACACCUACCACAAGGGGAAAAUCCAGUGGGUACCGGUGACCCGAACCAGCUUCUGGCAGGUAGCCAUGAGCAGCAUCUCCAUAAACGGGAAUGUGGUUGGUUGUUCCCAAGGAUGUCAGGCCAUUGUGGAUACUGGGACCUCGUCGCUGGUUGGGCCAACUCACCUGGUCACCAACAUCCUGAAGCUCAUCAACCCCAAGCCUAUCCUGGAUGACAAGCAAGUGCUUUUAUGUGAUGCCAUCAAAAGCCUGCCUGUGCUCCUCCUCACCAUCAACGGCAUCAUCUACACUGUGCCCCCUCAUUACUACGUCCAGCAGAUUUCUCAGGAGAUCUGCUUUAGCAGCUUUCAGGGGGGCACAGAGCUCUUGAACCCUUCGGAAACCUCAGAGACCUGGAUCCUGGGUGAUGUCUUCCUGAGGCUGUACUUCUCAGUUUAUGACCGAGGAAAUAACAGGAUUGGCCUGGCUCCUGCAGCAUAAAUCUGGGCUGCUACAGGAAUCAGUCAGGGCCGAACAAACACACACUCACUCACAUGCAGGGCCUUCCCACCCAGGGAUGCUGGUGAACUAUGCUUGAGGCUCUGCAAAGCCCUAUUCUCAGUAAAGAAUAAAAGAUUCAUCUCAGUGGUGCUGAUA